AUUUCUGAUAAGGGUCGCUUCACUUCAUCAACUUCCUUUUUAGACUCAUUGCGUAACCAAGAAUUCCAGCGCUACGAUGGAUGGAACAACAAUCGAGCAAACCCUGGAUGGGGGAGUGCUGGUAGUCGACUUCUGAGAGAUUCCCCACCAAACUACUACGAUGGAAUAUACAAGGUGAACAACUCGCUACCGUCACCCAGAACUGUAUCCAGAGUUGUCUUCGAAGGUAUUCAUUUUAAUGGAAAGUACUGUCGAUUUUCUGUUUCAGAUGAAAUGGUUAUGUACGAGAUCACGGCUUCAACACAAACAGGUUGCCCUAUAGAAAUUAUCAAAAUCCCGGUCAGUGUCGGUGAUCCGGCGUUCGAUGUCAAUGGAACCGUCAAAGGUAUGCCCUUCACUCGUGCCAAAUACGACAAAAGUACUGGGAAAGGAUUCGACUGUCCUAGAGAACAGCUAAACGAGAGAACUGCUUGGAUCGAUGGUUCAUUCGUGUACAGCGUUGUGGAGGCCUGGGUAGCAUCAAUGAGAUCAUUCGAGAAUGGCACCUUCAAGGAGGGUUUGGAAAAAGGUUAUCCACCAUUGAAUGAAGCUAACGUUCCUCUGAACAAUCCUCCUCCUCCACAGGCCCAUAGAUUUCUCUCUUCUAAUCGCCUCUUCCGUUAUUAUGUAUUGAGUCUCUUUUGUGUUCACCACUUUCAAUUGCAAAAAGAUCACCCUCGCUGGACAGAUGAAGAGCUCUUCCAAGGAGCUCGCAGAUGGGUGAUCGCUACGAUUCAGAAAAUCAUUUAUUACGACUUUCUUCCUGUACUGAUCAAUGAGGACGUCAAGCCGUACGAGGGCUACAAGCCUCAUGUUCCGCCGGGAGUAUCCCAUUCUUUUUCUACUGUGGCCUCUAGAUUCGCUUAUACUAUCAUUCCACCAGCAAUGAUUCUUCGAAAGAAAGCGGAAGCCUGUGAGUUCCGAGAGGAAGUAGGCGACUUUCCUGCUGUUCGUCUAUGCCAAAACUGGUGGAAUGCACAGGACGUCGUACAAGAGUAUUCGGUGGACGAGUUCAUUCUCGGAAUGGUCUCUCAAGUGAGCGAAGACGAAGACAUCGUUGUCGUGGAAGAUUUGCGAGGUUAUUUCUUCUACGGCCCGCUGCAUUUCUCGAGGUUAGACGCUGUGGCUGCGACGAUUAUGCGAGGACGUGACAAUGGCCUUUCUUCAUAUAAUACACUUAGGAAAAGAUAUAAUUUAGUGGAAAAAGAAUGGCACACAAUCAAUCCGAAGCUGUACGAAACCAACAAGGACUUAUUUGAUGAACUCGCCGCUCUUUAUGGUGGAGAUAUCGGACAACUGGAUGCAUUUGUUGGUGCGAUGCUUGAGGUAGACGGUGAACCAGGUGAAUUGUUGAAGGCAAUAAUGAAGGAACAGUUUGAAAGACUUCGUGACUCGGACAGGUUCUGGUUCGAAAACAGGCAGAAUGGUUUUCUGACAAACGAGGAAAUCGACUUGAUACACAGUAUAACUCUGAAGGAUAUCAUCCAGCAAACCAUAGGGAUACCUGACCAAUGGCUGCCGAAAAAUGUGUUCCUCUUUCAAGAUGGCGAUCCAUGCCCACAACCAUUUCAAGUGAAUGCCACAGGACUUGAACAGUGCGUGCCAUUGAUGAGGUUUGAUCAUGUUACCGAAGUGGAAGGGAACGAGAUAACCUUCAUUUUCACACUUAUCGGGCUUGGGUGCUUCCCACUGGUAUGCUUUGGUAUCGGCUGUGUGCUCAUUCAACGACGUCGCCGAAUGGGAUGGGAUUGCUCGUUCGACAAUUUUUCUAUCGCAACCGCCGAAAACGAUCCGUCGGACCAGUUUCAAGUUAUGAUUGUUUUAGCAUUUGAGUGGCUCCAUGAAUCCUACGUUCGCCAGGUUGUGGUCCUAGUCUCGCCAGGCGUGUUGACACUUCGCAAACCACGGGGCAAAUGUUUUUUAAACUUUGAUACCCAGGUUAUCAUCCAACACAGCGAGCCGAACUCAUCUGCAGAUCAUGGACCGUAUUGCCUGAUAAAACUGAAAAAAUCACAUGAUUUAGUCCUUCGCUUCCAAUCCGACAAGUAUUUAGCGAAGUUUUUGGCGUCAUUCACAAAUAUGGUGGAGAAACUUGAUGGGCACGUAAGUCUCAUCUCCAUGCAGAACGAAGAGCUGCUGGCUAGAGCAGAAACGAAGGACCGCCGCCAAGAGCGUUUGGACCACUUUUUCCGCGAAGCAUACGCCCGUGCAUUCGAUCAGCAGAAUCUGCGUGAUUCUGAAGUCGAAACUGAUGAUGUUGAUGACAUCCUCAACCAAACGAUAACGAGGCAUGAGUUUGCACAAGCGAUUGGAAUGAGGGAAACGGAUCUGUUUGUACAAAGAAUGUUCGCAGUGACUGCGAAAUCUGAUAAGGAAGUCAUCACAUUUGCAGAGUUUCUCGAAGUCCUCAAGAAGUUCAGAAGUGUGCAGGAGAAGUACAGCCUUCUCUUCUCACUAUGCGAUCUAGACGGCGACGGACGAGUUCAACGAAGUGACUUGGCCGACCUUCUUCGUUCGCUCAACGUGACAUUCGGCGUUUCGAUCACGGAAGACAGCCAGAAUGACCAUUUUCCAGGAGCCAGUUCUAACGCUGAUUAUCUUACAAAAACGGAUUUCGAAGCGAUUUUCCUACAGGCAGGGAAGGGUCGCCCUCUAGGAAUCGAUAUGCGUGGUGCAAAACUCAAAGUGGAUCUAACGGCUUCGCUGAACUCAUUCGCUGUCCCCUCAACUGUUGAUAAGUCUUCUGACCGGUGGAGCACGGUCGGUACGAUUGUAGCUGCCACUGCCACAUAUCGCCGGCACAUCUUCAUACUUUUCAUUUUCUGUUCCGCGAAUCUGAUGAUCUUUUUGGACCGAUUCCGAUUCCAUUUCUACGAAACCGAACACCUCGAUCAGCGUCGAGUUAUGGGUGCUGGAAUCGCUAUCACCCGUGGAGCUGCUGGUGCAUUAUCAUUUUGCAUGGCUAUCGUACUUUUAACAGUAUGCCGGAAUAUUAUAACUGUCCUCAGAGAAACCCCCUUUGGGGAACUCAUACCGUUCGAUUCGGCCAUCGGUUUUCAUAAGAUCGUGGCUUUCUUUGCUGCGUUCUGGGCAACUGUGCAUGCUAUCGGGCAUUGCGUGAAUUUCUACCACGUAGCCUCGCAAAGUAAAGAAGGACUACACUGCUUGUUCCAAGAGGCCAUUGUUGGAUCGAACUUUCUACCAUCAAUCAGUUAUUGGUUCUACGGUACGAUUACCGGUUUCACCGGGAUACUACUCGUUUUGGUAAUGUCGAUUAUUUACGUGUUUGCGCUGCCCCGUUUCAUGAGAAUGGCAUAUCAUGCAUUUCGCCUCACCCACUUGCUCAACGUCGCUUUCUACGGACUGACGAUGUUGCAUGGAUUACCAAGACUGCUCGGCUCGCCUAAAUUCUGGAAUUACGUCAUUGGCCCUAUAAUUAUAUUCGUGAUUGAUCAAAUUAUGGGAAUGCGUCAGAAAUACAGGAAAUUGAACAUCCUCAAUGCUGAACUUCUACCAUCCGAUAUUAUCUACCUGCAAUUCGAGCGGCCAUCAUCUUUCGAUUUUUGUUCUGGACAAUGGGUCCGUAUUUCAUCGCCGACAUUCUCGAGCGUUUUCAAUGAAUGGCAUGCCUUUUCACUUGCAUCUGCACCGCAAUCUCCAACAGUCGAACUUUAUAUCAAGGCAGCUGGUCCAUGGACGUGGAAACUGAGAUCUGAAAUACUUUCUGCCCAUGCUGAUGGCUCACCAUAUCCUCUUUUGCACAUGGCUGGUCCUUAUGGAGACGGCAACCAGGAGUGGAACAGUUACGAGGUGGCCGUAAUGGUUGGAGGAGGAAUUGGAGUCACUCCAUAUGCAUCCACAUUGACUGAUUUGGUGUUGGAAAUCACGUCUGCACUUCAUCACAAUGUCAAAUGCAAGAAGGUAUAUUUCCUAUGGAUUUGUCCGACGCAUAAGAAUUACGAAUGGUUUGUGGAUGUACUCAAAGGUGUCGAAGAAUUGGAUCAGAACAGGGUCAUCGAAACGCACAUCUUCGUGACACAGUUGUUCCAUAAAUUUGAUCUGAGGACCACCAUGCUGUGUGGGAGUCAUUGUGGUGAUCAUCAGGGCAAAUCGAUGUUCACCGGUCUACGAGCCCAGAACCACUUUGGUCGUCCUAACUUUGACACCUUCUUCUCUUAUCUCCAGAGUGUUCACAGCGAAUCAUGUCUACGUAUUAAGGUGCCAGAGAUUGGGGUGUUCAGUUGCGGUCCUUCCAAACUCAACGAUCAAAUCAGCUCCGCCUGUGCACGUGCCAAUCGAACCCUCGAUUCACCAUCAUUUAUGCAUCGAUUUGAGACUUUCUAG